UGCUAUGCAACACUCAAGGUUGAAGAAGAUGAAGAGACUCGUGCUUAUCGUAUUGAGAUUGAAAAGCAAAAAGCUCUUAGGGAAAAAAUGUUGAGAGAUAAAGAAUUGAAACGAAGAAAAAAUCUAGAAGAUAAACUUCAUGAGGACAAGCGUACAAUUCAAACCCGUAGUAGCAACUGUAGUUAUAUUAAAACGAAUGUGGAGAAUCAGCAAUUGCAAGAGUUACAAAAAUUAAAGCCUUUAAUUGUCACUGAGCGUAAAAUAAUUUCACUAAAGAAACGACAACAGCACGGCGAUAAUGAAGAUGAUAAUAUUUGUAACAGUCAAACAACUAGAAAACCGGAGUCACACCACAUUCCAAAACAGGCACACCCUUACUCGCACUCUCAGUCAUGCAGGAAAAAGUUGACCGCUGAAAAAGUGUUACCAGAAUCAAAACGAACAUUAACUGACCAUUUAACAAAUGCCAGAAAUUCUGGAUCUGUUGGUGGAGACGAAACUAGUCAAAAUAAUAACAUACCUCACAUGAAAUUUAUUCAUAAAAUAGAAAUUAAUGCAAUGAAUAAAUUUGAUGCCCAAAGACUUUCUUCUUCGAAUGAAGAUGAAGUUGAAUUGGAUUUUGAUGAAGAUGAAUUAAUGCUAGAGGAAGAAGAUCGUCUGCUAGCUACUCCUACUCCUUCACCACCCCCAACAAAGCAAGUUUCACAUUCACCUACACAGGAUUUAUCAAAUAACGAAUAAUUUUAAAAUCUUCAUCGCCUAAGACCGUGUUUAAAAAUCGACAAGGAAAUAACAAUCAUCGUGGGAGCCACAGCAGCGGAACUUCA